AUGGAGUUUACAGAUGUUUAUUAUUCAUUAGAAAACGAAGAACAUUUUUCGGUUGAGGUUGAUGAGCUUGUUUCCAACGUUACAAAUGCAUUAGAGGUAGAAACCGCUACCUCUAGGCUUCUCUCUUUCUUUAUAAAAUAUGGAAAACCGUAUUUAAACACAGAAACGCAAUUACAAACGAUAGCUGAGAAGCUGAUUCGUAGUCCGCUAUUCAAGUUGGACAAGACCACGCUGCGGACGAUUUUGUUGGAUUGCUUCUUCUUCAUGGAAGACAUUCAUAUUAUAAAAUUCAUUGUGGUAUUCUUUCUUUUAGAUAUUCGGUUGGAUGACGGGUGUGUGAAGCUGCUAAUCGCAAGUGGUUUUUUUGGUUCUCUUGUGCAUGCAAUCGUUCGUUUUAGGAAUCCCUCAGAAAAAGGGAUCUAUAUUUCCUUUCGUUAUGGUUUAUGUUUGAUGUAUCAUAUGUGUCGUUCUCAACGACUUCCUCUUACUGAUUUGGUGACGGCGGAUGAAACAUUUUUAAAAGGCCUGCUUGCUACAGCUGAAUUCGCUUGGUCAGAAGAAGAUGUUGAUAAUUUUUCUAUGUGUAUGCUUUUACUCUUGAGCUUGAACGAACAGUUCAUGCUCGUCAAACUGGCUUCUACCGGAGUUAUUGAAAUCCAGAAUGGGGUCAUGGAUUUGUUAUUAGAGUCUAAAGUAGACACAGGAGUUUACUAUGAAGGACUUGUUUUUAUCCUUAAUAGAGAACGAGAUCCGCGAACUAGAAUGCUGAUCUUAAAGCAACUGUACCUCUUAUUUACUACUCCGAAAACAUAUGAAGUUUUUUACACUAAUGACCUUAACGUGCUAAUUGAUAUAUUAAUUCGGGAAAUAAAUGAUAUCCCUAAUGAACUAGCUAAGCUGAGAUAUGCUUACUUACAGGUACUGUUGCCUUUAUUACAAAACACACAAGUUCGACUCCCUCCUCACUACAAAACUAAACAUAUUAUUCGCGCCGUCCACAAUUUAUUGAUAUCCCAUAGUCAAGGUCUCAAUUGCGUGGAUGUCAACACCGUCGAGGUGCUGAAUCAAAUCUUGCUAAUCCCAUGGCUACGUGAGGAAGCAAAUAAACUCACAGUAGUUCCUGUGUAA